AUGGCGGAAAGGAUUGAUGAUGCCAUGGUUGAUACCAUCAACAAGAUGAACGAUAUCACGGAGCAUCUUCGGGCUCAUGGUUUCGUGGAGUCUGCAAAUAGGAUCGCACGAAAUGUCCACGAAGUUAUCAACGUCUUUACAGACGCGGUAGUCAAAUUUACCGAUGACCAGAUGUUCAUGGUUCAAGCGGUAAAGCAUCCGAACAAGAAACCAAAGCCCACGAAGGGCCCGGCGCAGGGCCCGGCGCAGGUUGAACCCUCAGCCGCCAACGUAAACAGCCAGGUCUCGAUGUUGUAUUCCGACGUCGCCCGUCAAGCUCCAGUGCCCAUGGCGGCUCAAAAACCUCCCAGAGCCGCCCAUCAUGGAGCCACCAAGGCCACAAAUGCCCUCGGGCUCACCGCGACCAUCCCUUCCCAAAUCAACCCGGUUGUCCCAGUUGGCCAUCAACCGAUUUUGGAAGAGGGCGAAGAGAAGGCGGCAGUGCUGACCAUUAGCGGUGUUUUCGGGCCUCACUCGCUCAAUUUUCUGACUUCGAAGAUUCGCGAGGGACCGCUGGUCAGCGUGGACAUUAACUAUCCGCAGGGUUAUGCUGAAAUCACAUUCCAGAAAUCGGCACACGCAAUAGCCUUCCUAGGAGAGGAACGUGCUGUACGUGCAAGGACCGGUGCGAGUAUGUUCGGAAAUGCUUAUAAGGUUAUCUGCGCCUCGGAAUUCGAUUGGGAUGACGAGAUCCGUAAGAUGGAGACCAAGCCGCGCGAGCGGCGCAGAUUAACCCUUGCUCGUUCGGGACUCCUGACAUGCGGCCUUACCGUUAAAAAGAUCCUGAACGACAUGGGACAGGUCGUUGGCUCUGACGCCAUCGAGUUCAUUUGGGCAUUCAACACGGGAAAUGUGACUGCCGUCUUUAAAAGCGUUGCCACAGCAAGAGCUGUUCGAGACCACUUCCUCGCGCUGGCAGUCCACAAAUCCAAUCCGUACCAUGAGAUCCGAGUGACAUUCUCAACGGAUCCCUGCGAGAAACAGCUGAACCUUGACUCUCAAAUCGGGAUACCGCAGAGCCGGCGCCUCCGGGACCGCAGAUAUGGAAAGAAAUGA